UUUAAUCUUCAUCGCAUCCAUUUCUAGGUCUCUGUUUUGGUACGAAUUUUUGAAUUUUAGGGUUUCGAUUUUGUUCUUCGACUCUGCUUUCUUCUCAAUUUCCCAUCGUCUUCAGACAAAGAUCCGAUCGACAACCUGUGAUGAUUAUUGAAUUCUUUGAUCUAUAGCUGCAAUUUUUGGAUCGGAACUUUUUUGUUGGAUUCGCCGGGGCUUAUAAAUUAUAAUCUGUGUCAAAGAGAAGCUACCCCUGAUGGCGGAUCAAGAUGAGGACGACUUGCGGAUGGCGUUGCGUAUGAGUUUGCAAAAUUCGCCUCCUGAGGCCAAAAGGAGCAAACCUAGGGAGAAUGCUGGCGCUUCAACGGUUUCUACCAUUCCAGAGGAGCCCCCUGAAGCCAAGAAUCGGAAAUUGCAGCGAGAGCUUAUGGCCGCGGCGGCAGAGAAGAGGAUGCUGAUGAUGACGAAAAACCUUGCUGCAGCAAAGGUGGAGAAGGGCGUUGCAGUUGCUGCGACAGAGAAGAGCGUUCCCGUUUCCAAGGUGGGGAGAGAGGUCGUUACAAGGCCUGUUACCCAAAAAGCCGAGGCAGUAUCUCUUGUGGAGGGAAGGAAAGAUUUGAAUUUGGAGGAAGAGCUGUCGCCUGUGGUUGCGAAUCAGUUGUUUUCAAUGGUUUUCGGGAAUGGAGUUUCGAAGGAUAUUCUUGCUCAGUGGACCAAUCAGGGUAUAAGGUUUAGCUCUGAUCCAGAAACAUGUAUGGGUCUAGUGCAACAUGAAGGGGGGCCCUGUGGUGUGUUAGCAACCAUACAGGCCUUUGUCCUCAAAUACCUUUUGUUUUUCCCAGAUGAAAUAGGUAUGCAUUCACCCAAAAUGCCACAACAAAAUUUGGGCUCAAGGAGAUUGUCUCAAAGUGACUCCAUCACAUCGGGUAAUUUUGCUUCUCUGACUGAAGAUGGAAAGGCAAGGGCUUUAGUUCGAAGUAUGGUAGAAAUAUUAUUUUUAUGCGGAAGUAAGAAAAGGGCUGUGAUAGCUACUUUGAGUGUUCUCAGUCAGCCUACUGAAGAGGGUUUUGAAUAUGGUCAGAAAGAUGAGAUUAUUGCAAAAACCUUGGAAGGUCUUCCAGUUGAAUCGGCUUUAGAUUUGCAGAAAGUAUUACGAGUUAACACAUUCACUUCAGAGAUGAAUGCUUUACAUUCACUCCAGAGAAUGCUUCCUGUUUUUCAAAGUCGUAUGGGAGCAAUGCUAUUCCUAAUUUCUGCAUUACUUUCUCGUGGACUGGAGUCUGUCCAAGCAGACAGAGAUGAUCCUUCCCUACCAUUAGUCACUGCUCCAUUUGGACAUGCCUCACAGGAAAUCGUAAAUCUCCUGCUUUGCGGACAGGCUGUUCCUAAUGUGUUUGAUGGAAGGAUGGAUCUUGGAGGCGGCAUGUUUCUAAAGGGCAUACCUGCAAACGUGGAUGUUGGGUUCCUCACUCUUCUGGAAUCUCUUAAUUUCUGCAAGGUUGGCCAGCAUCUCAAACGCCCAAAAUGGCCAAUAUGGGUAGUUGGAAGUGAAUCCCAUUACACUCUGCUUUUUGCUCUUGAUACUCGUGUUCAGGAUGAGAAUGAACUGGAAGAACGGGAAUCACAGAUUCGGAAAGCAUUUGAUGCCCAAGACCAAAGUGGUGGAGGCGGCUUCAUUAGUGUGGAAGGGCUCCAUCAAGUCCUUAGGGAAACUAAUAUAAAUCUUCCAACCGAGAAGCUUGAUCACCUGUGUAGCUCAGGCUUUAUCGUAUGGAGUGAAUUCUGGCAGAUUUUGCUUGAAUUGGAUAAGAGCCUAGGAGGUCUGAAGGAUUCAUCAGGACUGAUGGGCAAGAAAAUGUUUGAUCUUUACCAUUUUAAUGGAAUUGCCAAGUCUGUUUCGAAUGGCAGUCAAGCAACCUCCGGAGGUGACAUUCCACUUCAGAGACCAAGGCUCUCAAAGUUGAGAGUUUCAGUUCCUCCACGGUGGACACCUGAGGAAUUUAUGGCAGAUGUGGCAGCACCCUCUAAUACAGGAAGUGAAGAAUCCACUGGUAAAGAGACAGUGGUUGAAGUAACUCGCGUUGAUCCUCCGCAGCAUGCUCCAUUAGUGGACUGCAUCAGAACCCGCUGGCCUCGAGCCGUUUGCAAUUGGGUUGGUGAUCCACCCAGUAUAGUCUGAAUGGUUAGUUAAUGCUGUCUUAUAUCAGGCUGCGAGCCUGUGAAGAGAUGCAUUACAAGACACAAGUCAAAAGGCAAGAAGAAAGAACAAGUUGCAGAUGUGUGUUUUCAUUAAUUUGCCGUCAGAGUAUCACCGCUCUGGGUGGAGACAUGCAAUGUUGUUUCCAGUGUAUCGUUUAUUGUUGCAACUUCCAUUUCAUUAUAUUCCCAUUCCCUUGUGAGUGUCAAUUGGGAAUGAAUGAAUUCCAUAUUUUAUUUUUUAAUUAGAUUUGUAAUAGUUUAUAGGAUUAUGGCCUUUGCGUGUUUUAGGGAAGUUUCUGUAGGUCAUAGGUGAGUUGCUUAAUAUCAUUGGUCCUGUUAUUGUUGAGAUGUUGUACUAUUAAACAUUUUCCUUUUGCCCUA